AUGACACUAAUCACUUCAACUACUCAAUUCCUAACAAACUACUCAUUCAUAGAUUUAGCCACAUACAAUAGCCUAGUGUCUAGUGGUGCAACAGUUCUACUAGCUUGUGAAAAUGAAGAAGGAUUUUUAACCUAUAGAGAAGUUGAUAUUGAAUUAACAAUUCAUUCAGGUAAAAUAAUAAAUUUAAACGGUAAAUCAUGUAAACAAUUUGCUUUAACCAUUGCGGGUGACUUAUAUGGAACAAAUGAUCCCAAAAUCACAAACUUAAAACAUCCCAAAUUGGAAUUUCAAUUUUAUGCAAGACAAUUUACAAAUAUACCAUUUGAUAAUUUUGACAAAAACACAAGUUAUAUGGGAAAAACUUACACCAACGGAGUCGAAUCAGUUGGCAAGUAUUAUUUACAAAGAAUUGGCAAAAAAUUUGGCAUUGAAAAUCCAGAGUCAAAUCCUCGUAUGGACUAUUUUUUCCUAUUUGUUGGAUUUACAAUCAAACAUGGGAGAAUUAGUGCAUCCACGAAGCUUCAAUUCAGUGGGACUGAUAGCUACCUCAAAAAUAUCCUUACUGAACUAAAAAUAAAAUACGUCUUAGGAACAAAUGGUAAAGAUUGUACAAUCAAAUCGGAAGCUUACAACAAUGAAUUUUCCAAACUCGUGAACUUGUCACAACAACUGUCCACAAGAAAAUUUCCUACUUGGGCAUAUUUUAUGAAUUCCAGAAAUGCUAAUAAUAUAUUAAAUGGCUACGCAAAACUUCCGGUGGAUACUUAUGGAGAGAUAACAACAUCAAAUAUCAAUCUAGGAACUAUAAAUAGUUUAACGCAAUUAUCUAUUCACGCAUCAGCUACUUGCUACACUCUAAAUACUAAAAAAGCAAAUUCUAUCAAAAACUAUGAAAAUAAAGAAGCUGUAAUAAACAAAACAAUAUCUACAAAGAAAUAUGAAGCAUUAUCACCUGAACAAAAAGCGUUAUAUCAACCAAACUACAAUACCCCUGAGUACCGUUUGAGGAUAUUUAGAUGUAGCGAAAAACUCACCAAUCGUCCUAAACAAUACUACAAAAAUUUUACUCCCUAUUUCAAUCCUGAAGAUAUGAGCAUUCUAGAUUUUAAUGGUGAAAUGGUACACAUAAAAUUUGAUGAUGGAUUUAAAUUCUUUGUGAGAUGCCAAUUGGAUGACGAGACAUAUGGAAUACCUUUUUUGGUUGGUAAUUGA